AUGGACCACCCUCAGCAGUAUCUUCCCGAGUCUUUUAAGGGUGCCUGUGGAAGAGUCGGCCAGUACCGAAGACUCCAGCAACCCAGGAAGAAAAACGGCCCAUUCAAAAGGAGGGGAAUUGAAAGGUGGCAUAGAGCCGUGUCCACCAACUUAGUAAAACAAAAUGUAUUGGUCCCCAAAGAGGAAUCAUCUGCUGAUAGUGACAUGGAAUUUCAUGAAAGCCAGCAAAACCAAAGAAAAAAUGUGAUGAGAAAAGUGAAGACGGUUUUGGGAAGGGUGCUGUCCUACAAAUGGAGAAGCAAAUGGGCAAGUGUUGGCAGAGGGGUCUCCACUAACCAAAAGGAAUCCUUUCUUUCCAACACACAGAGCCUUCUUCCCAGAAUUGUCAAGGAGCUUCCAGCCCCCAGGUUAUUUGCAAAACAAAGAACAAGAAAGCUGUCGCAGAAUGCGACUAUACAACUUGAUGUUGUAGAAGCAGAGACAGAGGAGAUAACCCGAGGAAACACACUGCUCAGGGCCAGGAGGACCACCAAGCGGUUAUCGGUGACGUCCCUUCCUUCAGGACUGCAAAAGGUUCCGUAUUCAUCAAAAAAGAGAUCGCACUUUCCAGCACUUAAAAAAAAGAAACAUAGCAUGGAAAACAUCCUCCGAAAAUCAGAUUUGACAGUAGGAAAACUUCAGAUGCAGGUGGAUGACCUCAUAGAGACAGUGACAGAUAAAUCCAUGAAGUUAUUGGCCCAAAGACAUGCUGAGCUUCAACAGUGUGAAUUUCUAGGGGACGAAAUUCUUCAGUCUUCGAAGCAGUUCCAGAGGAUGUCCAAGAGAACCAUGAGGAAGUAUAAAUUGAAAAAUGUAUGUUUCCCAUGUACUUGCUGCUGCUUCUGA